AUGUAUUUUGCAGUCCACAGUGUGGACGGAAAGGUUGCUUACAGUUUGAGCCGAACUUACCCCGGCCGAUCUCGAGGGAGAACUACGAUCACGACCUCAGACUCCUCUUCUAAAAAGUUAUUUCCUCUGGACACGAACAACGAUAUUUGCGAGGUGAACACUCGCUGGACUCAGUCGGAGGGUCCAUUGGCUAGAGACAAUCUACCGAUGCGUGAAUACAAGUUUGAUAGCUCGCGAGCCUUCAGCAAAUUUCUCUGGCGCUUCAACUACUAUUCCGAGACCGCAGGCGCCAGGGUAUACUACAAAUUUGAACAAAACUUUUCAAACAAAGGAGGAAGAAUUAUCAAGGUUGCCGCGGGUCAGCCUUCCCAACUGGUCGGCCUUCUCAGAGGGCAAGUCCGCCGCGAUAACUGGCUCGAUACCGUCAAGGGAGAAAAGACUUUUACUCUUUCAUGCAUUGAUGGUGCUCCAUUGCCCGAAUUGGUCACCAUGCUGGCCUUGGCCUUUCUUCGAUGCUCAUGA